AUGACAUUUAUAGUCAAACAACGUACCAGCUGUUCUGCUACCAAUCAUGGUGGUGGAAAGAUGUUGUAUCAGAUAUACUGCACUGGAGAGAUUUUGAAGAAUGUUCAGCUUGAGAAGUUAUAUGAUGAUGACAAAUACUUUGUGGACAUGAAGUUAAAAGAACAUCCAGAUAAAGUGCUCGAGACAUUUAUGAAUAUGACAUCACAAACACAAAAUGGGCGACUAACAAAGGAACAGCUUCAACAGUUUGUAAACUCAUCUUUUCAGGAGCCAGGGCAAGAGUUUGAAACUUGGAUACCAACAGACUGGUCUGAAAAUCCCACAUUUCUUGGGAAGAUUUCUGAUGCAAAGCUGAAGGUAUGGGCACGAGAGCUGCAUGAGCUGUGGAAGUCCCUUGGAAGAAAGAUUAAAGAAGAUGUGAAGAUCCAUUCAGAACUCUACUCACAGCUGUAUGUUCCUUACCCAUUAGUGGUCCCAGGAGGACGCUUCAGAGAAUACUAUUACUGGGAUUCUUACUGGAUCGUCAAUGGAUUGCUUCUUUCUGAAAUGUACAGCACUGCAAAAGGAAUGAUUGAAAACUUCCUCUAUCAUGUUGAAAGAUUUGGGUUAAUUCCAAAUGGAGGGCGAAUCUACUAUGAACGAAGGAGUCAACCACCCUUCUUGACUCUAAUGAUGGAGAGUUACAUGAACACCAAGCAAGAUGUGGAAUUUCUACGAAAAAACAUUCAUCUUCUAGAGAAAGAGUAUGAGUUCUGGAUGAAGAACAGAUCCGUGUCUGUUACAGUGAGUGAAUCACAGUAUACCCUGAAUCAGUAUGCUGUCAAAGUGGAUGGACCAAGACCUGAGUCUUAUAGUGAUGAUGUGGAACUAGCUGAGACUGUGCCAGAGGAGCAAAGACAAAGUCUGCUGAUGGAAAUAAAGUCAGCAGCUGAAUCAGGCUGGGAUUUCUCCUCACGCUGGUUCAUCGAUUCAUCUGGAGUCAACAGAGGGACAUUAAUGGACACCAAAACUUCACACAUCAUCCCUGUUGAUCUUAAUGCUAUUCUCUGUCGAGUUGAACGGGUACUGGCUUCCUUCCAUAGAAUACUAGGUAACAGUGACAGAGCAGAAUACUUUCAAAAGGCUUUACAGAACAGGACCACAGCAGUAAAUACAGUGCUGUGGAAUAAUGCACAAGGCAUCUGGUUUGAUUACAACCUCAUUACAAAUCAGAGUAAUGCAGCUUUUUAUGCCUCUAACAUAUUCCCUUUGUGGGCUAAGUGUUACUCAGACACAGACGAGUUUGUGGAAGAUAAAGUUGCUGAAUAUUUACAGUGGAGUAAAGCAUUAUCAUAUAAAAAUGGAAUUCCAACUUCUCUGAGUGAAAGUGGACAGCAGUGGGACUAUCCGAAUGCCUGGCCUCCACUUCAGCAUGUAAUCAUAGAAGGCCUGGACAAAUCUAAGUCCCAGAAAGCCAAGGAGAUUGCUGUGAAUCUAGCACAGAAAUGGGUUCGAGUAAACUGGGAAGCAUAUGUAAAGCACAAAGCCAUGUUUGAAAAGUAUGAUGUGAAUGAAGAUGGCAAACCUGGUGGAGGAGGUGAAUAUGAAGUACAGCUUGGGUUUGGCUGGACAAAUGGAGUGGCACUACAGCUUCUGGAUCAAUAUGGAAAUCAACUGACAUCAGGAACAGCCAUUCGUGUACCUUGGAUUUGGACAUUAAUUAGUAUCCCUGUACUGGUCUACUGCCUGUAAUUGUGCUUUUCACCUCGGUCACUAUUUAAUAGUUUGUCUCACACAGAACUGUGGAUUCCUAAACCAUGUAAAGAAGUAACCCAUCUAGAUCCAGAUUCUAGAUGCAGAAAUUAAUUUACUGUAUUUUCUCUGCAUCUCUGAUUUUUCCUCUGUGCCUCUCUCUCCAUAUUUUAGUUUUUUUUUUUACCGCGAGAGGACUGCAACCAGUGUUUCCAAGAUAAUUCUGCUGAUUCUGUUAAUGAUACACGCCUGAUAAAUGCAGGGAGGGACACAAGAUAUUGUGCAUUUCAAAAUUUUACACACAUACAAGGUGUUGGUGUUAUGCUACAUACAUUCCCAGGCAAUUGAUUAUACGGUUUCUGAAAAUAACUGUGUCUGUGUAAAUUAAGUGGCUAACAAAAAGGCCUGGGAUUCAUUAAAAUCCUCACCACAUGUGCUAAUUACCCAAUGCGGGUUGGCCAAUUAGUGCUGUAUAGUCAGGGAUAAUGCUAGGCUUGGAAACAAUUAUAACUAUGCCAGGCUAAAUGCAACAACAUAUUAUUUUUCUUUUUUCUUGUCCCCCCCUCAUGUUUAAAUGCAGUAUAUGUUCACCUGGUAGGAAUGUGACACCUUGUUUGCCCUUGUGACAAAACUAUCUGUAGUGGUAUGUGUUCUCAUGGUAAAAAGGAGGCACUUUGUUUAUCCAGAUGUCAAAGUACAGGGAAACAUACUGAGUCUCCAGGCAUGAUGGCUUUGAAAAAGCAGGAAUGAAAAAGCAGUGGAAUGUAACGGCUGUAACAACUUUAUGACAAAUGGGACAAGAUUAAAGGCCUUUGGCUUCACAGGUGUGAAUGCAAAAAUGUGAUUCAGACGCAGGUAUAGCUGCAACAAGAAAGACCUCAUUAUCAUCUCAUUACCAUGUCUUAGAAUCAAACACUGCACUAUCAGACCUGACCAUGCUUGUGUUCUCCAUAGCUGCUCAUGCGACACGUAAGUAAGGGCAUCACCUUACACUGUCACAUGUACACACACAUUAGGACAUCCAUGCAUAUAAACACAUAGACACACAAUUUCAGACACACAGACCCACAUCAACAAAUUUACAAAUAAAUGUCUUAGACUUGCUGAAUACUCACCGAUUCACCCACACAAAUGCUGCAAUACACACACAUAAACACAUACAUACUUGCUAUUCCCUACCUAACCCCUGUGGUUUGACCACCCAGGCAGGCAUGUACACA